GGCAGCCAGUCUAGGGUGACAGUGGUUAAUGAUACAACAGGUUUUUUUUGCCAGGAGUAAUAACGGAGAAGCAAAAUUGACUGAAAGUAGGGGAGGAAACAUUCAGUUUACAAGAUGGAAGAUCCAAUUCAGUUGAAAGAUGAAGGAAACAAGUAUUUCCAGGCUAAUGAUUAUGAGAAUGCUAUCCAGUGCUACACAAAUGCCCUUAAACUGAGUAAAGACAAAAAGCUUCUGGGUAUACUUUACAGAAACAGAGCUGCCUGCUACUUGAAAAAGGAAAGCUAUGCUCAAGCUGCAUCUGAUGCAUCAAGAGCGAUUGAUAUUGAUGCCUCAGACAUCAAAGCCCUGUACAGGCGUUGUCAAGCUCUGGAGAAGGUGGGGAAGUUGGAUCAAGCCUUUAAGGAUGUCCAGAGGUGUGCUACAAUUGAGCCGAAGAACCAAACCUUCCUGGAAACUCUACGACGACUCGGGUCAGAUAUUCAAGAAAAGCUGAAGGUCCAAUUUUCUACUGAUUCCAGAGUCAAGCAAAUGUUUGAAAUUCUGCUUGGUGAGGAGACUGAUAAAGAGAAAAGAGAGAAGGCUGCAAACAAUUUGAUUGUUCUUGCAAGAGAAGAUGCUGGAGCUGAGAGAAUCUUCCAGAAUAAUGGCAUCAAUUUGCUCAUGGAACUGAUUAAAACCAAAAACCCCGAGAUGAUUUUGGCAGCAAUAAGAACGUUCUCAGGAAUGUGCACUGGGCAUAAAGCUAGGGCAACAGCUAUUCUGCAUUUGAUUGGAAUUGAAAAGAUCUGCAGCAUCAUGGCUAUUGACCAUGAAGAAAUUGCACUGGCUACCUGCAACCUCUUCCAGACUAUUUGUGAUUCAUUGUCUGGGGAAGACAAGAAAGAGCAUGGGAAUGAGGAAGCUCUGGUUCUUGACACCACUAAGGACCUGAAAGCGAUUCUUCUGGCCCUGCUGGAAAUGCUGAUCAGUCCGAAGGUAUCAAGCCAUGGACGUGACCAAGCUCUCAACCUGCUGUCCAAGAAUGUACCCAGGACAGACGUGAGGAACCCUGACAACUCCAAAACACUCUUCACUAUCGAUCAUGGUUUGAAAAAGAUUCUGAAAGUGGCUGGGCAACUCGUAGACUUGCCCGAUCACCUGCCAAUGACAGAAAACACGCAGCUGAUUGCAAGCAUCCUCCUCAAUAAGCUCUAUGACGACCUGCGUUGUGAUCCAGAGAGAGAUAACUUCCGGGUGACAUGUGAGGAGUAUGUCACGGGCAAGUUUGACCCAAACAACAUGGAGAAGAACCUACAUGCCAUCCAGACAGUGUCAGGUUUGCUGCAGGGCCCCUUCGAUGUGGGCAACAAGAUUGCGGGCUUGACGGGAGUGAUGGAGAUGAUGGUGGCCCUGUGCGGCUCUGACCGGGAGAUUGACCAGUUGGUGGCGGUAGAGGCCCUCAUCCACGCCUCCACCAAGAUGAGCAAAGCAACCUUUAUCAUCACCAAUGGAGUGUCUCUGCUCAAAGACAUCUACAAGAAGACUAAGAACGAGAAGAUCAAAAUCAGAGCUUUAGUGGGUCUUUGCAAACUGGGCUCAGCUGGAGGGGAUGAUUACGCCCUCAGGCAGUUUGCUGAGGGAUCAACAGAGAAGCUGGCAAAACAAUGUAGAAAGUGGCUGUGUAACCCAAACAUCGACGUACGCACCAGGAAGUGGGCUGUGGAGGGUCUAGCCUACCUGACGAUGGACGCAGAUGUAAAGGACGACUUUGUGGAAGAUGAACCUGCCUUGCAGGCCAUGUUUGAAUUGACCAAGUCAACAGACAAGACUAUCCUCUAUGCUGUGGCUUCCACGCUAGUGAACUGUACUAACAGUUAUGACAAAAAGGAGAUCAUACCAGAGCUUGUUCAACUGGCAAAAUUCUCCAAGCAACAUGUGCCUGAGCAGCACCCAAAGGACAAGAAGGAUUUCAUACAGAAACGUGUGAAACGCCUGUUGAAGGCUGGUAUUAUCUCAGCACUAACCUGCAUGGUGAAAGCUGACAGUGCUAUCCUGACAGACCCAACCAAGGAGCUCUUAGCAAGAGUAUUCCUGGCCUUGUCUGAAGACCCUAAGGACCGUGGCAUCAUUGUGGCUCAAGGAGGUGGAAAGGCACUUAUUCCUCUUGCGCUGGAAGGCACAGAACUGGGUAAAACAAGGGCCUCCCACGCACUGGCAAAGAUUGCUGCAACCUCUAACCCAGAGAUUGCAUUCCCUGGAGAAAGGAUCUAUGAAGUGAUACGACCUUUGGUCAGCCUGCUCAGCACUGAUAAAGAUGGUCUGCAGAACUUUGACUCCCUUUUAGCUCUAACAAAUCUGUCAGGAAUGACUGAAAAACUGAGACUCAAGAUACUCAAAGAAAAGGCUUUACCAGAGAUUGAAAACUACAUGUUUGAAGAACAUGAGCAAAUCCGUCAGGCAGCAACGGAGUGUAUGUGCAACCUGGUCCUCUGCAAAGAUGUCCAGGAGAAUUAUAUGGCAGACGGGAAUGAUAAGUUGAAGCUCCUGGUCCUGCUGUGUGCGGAGGAUGACGACAAACUGCAGAUUGCAGCAGCAGGAGCCCUAGCCAUGCUCACUGCUGCCCAAAAGAAACUCUGCACCAAGCUGACCACAGUGACCACACAGUGGCUGGAGAUCCUGCAGAGACUUUGCCUGCAUGACAGGCCGGAGAUACAGCACAGGGGCUUUGUGAUUGUUUACAACAUGAUCGCGGCAGACAAAGACCUGGCCAAGACGUUGAUUGAGAGUGAGCUGCUGGAGAUCCUAAGUGUCACUGGCAAACAGCCAGAUAACCCCAAGAAGCAGCCAAUGAUUGAUGCUGCACGUAGCUGCCUUGUGGCUGCCAUGGACUACGGUCUGAUCAAACCUUUCUCUUAAUGAAGAUCACCAUUAUUUAUCAAACAGGACUGAAGAUGAACAGACCGGUUUUACAUUCUCUUCCGUAUUUGCAAUCGGAAAUACAAUAAAAAUCCCCAAUGUAACUGACCCCUUGUAGGCUAUAGGAUUUGGAACCAUUUACAACAAAGGGCAAUUUAUAUAAAUCUGUGAGAGAUUUAUCAUGAAUUGGAAUUCAAUAGGAAAUAGCAUUUUAGUUCAGGUAAUUACAAUUACAAUAUUGUAAAAUGUUAACUGUAAUUUCUGUUUAAAGCAAAUGUUGGCACUGUGGCACAAAAAAGGGAUACAAUCUGCACAGUAUUUUUUUUUAAAUUAUUUUUUUUGUUUGUUUUAUUUUUAGGGUUCAGAGUUUUUUUUUUCAUACUCAAAGAUCAUUGAAUGUGAAAUUAUUAUUCUAGAUCUGCACAAAUAUAUUUCCAUCGUCACGAAGGUGAUGUAAUGCUUUGGUAAUUUAUUUAUUUCAUUUUAAUUAGUUUGUGAUGUCUGAAACAAAAAUGGAUGAAAAUGUCUGAGUGAAACUUUUUUUUUGUAAUGAGAAAAUCAAUUUUGUAUAAAUUGAGCCGAUAAGA